ACAGGUGCCGAGAAGAAAGAAGAUUUGCUUCGAAAGUUAUGUGAGCAUCGGAUAUUUCAUCUUACUUUAAUACGAUUCAGCAAGGGAAUCUUAACGUAGAGUUUUGGUCACCGAACAAAAGAUUUUCUGUCACAGUUUGCGUAAAGUCGGUUUCGUCUCUACGUCUUUUUGAGAAGGCGGGAAUUUCGAUUUCAUUCGUACCUUGUCUUCCAUGACACGAACAGAGCAAAAUGGUGGAAAGUCGUCACACAGGACAGGCUUUGCUGUUCUUCUCGAGUUUACCUGACCUGAAGAAGCUGUGUGUGAUCACCUUGACCGUGAAGAAGGCAGCAAAAACUCCCACAAGUAGCGGCCCUGCAACCGGCAAGUUUCAACUACAGAUCACCAAAUGCAGAGAACUGAUCUUCACUGAAGCUGGGAUCCUGGCAUCUCCAUCAGUGGAUGACUAUGACACCAUCAACAUUAUUGUCCAGCUUGAAGACUUUGCAGUUGACCCACAGGCUUCCUGGCUCUUCUAUAGCAACCCAUAUGCAGUCGUUUCUGAACAUUUCAUCCAAGAUCGAUGGUGCUAUGUUCUGCCCAGGGCAGCGACACCUAUUGAUGCAGUGCAAUGUGAACCAUUCAGAAUUGCCCUGAUGGAGGUGAUCAACAGACACUCAGGGAAAGGUCUGUGGAAAUAA